ACAUGAUGAAUGAACGGGAAACCGGUUUUUUAACGACUGAGUGAACAGAAAUAUUUAUACACGCAGAUUGACUAAGUCGAUAAAUACUUCAUUUACGUGUGUUUCGUGUUACAGAACCUGUUUUGGGGAGGACAGACCCUGUUGUGGGGAGGGAAUAUGGCGGAAAAUUCAGAUGAUGGAGACCAAGAAACGCUCGGAAUCGUCUCGUGGAAAUCAGAGACUCAAGUUCUGACAGACCUCAGAAACAAUAAUCAACUGCCAUGCGUUCGUAAACUAUCAGCUGACGGGACCCAGUCCAUACCGGUAGGACUGUCGAUUUAUUGUGAACAGCCCCUCUAUAUGUACAAAAAGUGUCAGAGGAGGCAAGUGCUCGGACGAACCAUAUACCACGAUGCCAGCGGUCCUUAUUACGAAGUGGGACAGACUCUCAUUAUCCCGGACAAUUUUGAAGGUUGGUUUGAAGUUGUACCAUCAGAUUUUGGAAAAGCACAGGUAUUCCGUACUAUAGAAGCAGUGUCCAAGAUCAUGCCAAGGAAAUUGUUUACGCGGACACCAGUAACCGGAAUACGUAUAGUAGAGGAAGAUGGACAGCAAACGUUCAAGGAAAGAAAAAUUCCGGCAGGAUCAAUUCUUUUAGUUAACAGCACAGUGUCAGCAAAGUGGAAAACUUGCGCAGAGAAAAGUAUUCGAAAGAAAAAAGUGGAAGAAUGGUCCACUGUAGAAAUUCCCUAUCUGAAAUGUACAGAUACUGACCAGGAAGAUGUCCUGCUCCCGUUUUCAACGAAGGGUCGGUUCAGUAGUGUAUACGAAAAGGAUAUGAAUAAUGACAGAAGCAUAUACAGAAUAAAAGAGCUAAUAGAAAACUCUGAUAUGCCGAUAAUUGUCCGCCUAGUAUAUGGCAAGGCCCCGGUUGUUCCGUGUAUUUUUACCGGUAUGAUAGCAUUACGGGAAACGGUCUCUCAGAGUUUUAUCAUUGCCAGCACCAUCAUGAACAAGAGAAACGUCUUAAUAGAAAUCCCUGACAAUUUGUCUUGCGCUGUUCGUGUCCCUGAAAGUGAAGAACCACUCCAAGGUUUGAAAACAUUUGAAGACUCUAAGAAACUUUGUGAAAAAUACGCCUUAUCCUUCGCUUCCCUUAUUAAACUCUCACCAGAAAUGGACACACAUCAUAUGAAAGUUCAGUAUAAUCCACAAAAAUCAAAAACCAAAGAAUCGGGUUUGAAAACGUUGGACUUGAUUACGAACAUCAGUUUAACGGAUGAAGAGCCCGCUGACCGUUUUAUGGAAUCGGACUCUGAUUCUGUUCAAAGCACAGACCAAUCAAUGCUGACGCGCGGAAUUUUCAAAUUGUUAGAAUUAACAGAGGUUAAACGAAAGUCAACGGAUUGUUAAACUUGACACUCGUUUUGUUGCUCCGUGUAUUUACACUUGUAUAAGUAUUUGAUUUGUUUAUGUUUGUUUGUAUGCAAUAACAUAUUCAUGGUGGAAAACUCAACAUAACACUUCUCUACACUCUCGGUUGACAUUCAUUUGAAGCCCGUGUCUUUCAAGAAUUUUACCUUAUCAUGCAUCUUUAAAUCAAUUGUAUGGAGCAUAAAAUCCCAUUCCAAUCUCCAUUUGAUCCACUCCCAAAAUAUAGGCUUUCAGUCGUAUUGAUUCAUUAUAAUACAGUGCACAAUUUUGCACAGGUUUGAAAUCUUAAAAGUUUGUCCUCAAAUAUUUUGAAAUUUAAAAAACCUCACAAUAAUGCAUACGACUAGAAAAUUCCACAGUCUCCUCCCUUUAAUUCACCACUGAAAAUGUAGGAUCUCAAUCAUUUUGAUAUGUUACAUGUAUAUAUGAAAUUUUGAAGUUUUCAUCCUAAAAGAUUUUGAAGCUGAAAUGAAAUCUAGAAAGUGUAUUGACUGGAUCUUGUGAAUUCCUGUCCUCUCCAUUGAAUACACCAACAUUGCUUUACAUAUACCUAACUUUGCGAUCGAACACAAUAUGAUGUUUAAUUUCCACCAAAUUGCACGCCGACGAAAAAGCUAUAAUCAUGUCACAAUACUUAUAUACUUUAAUUCUAAUGUAUAGUGUAUCGAUUUUCGUGGAUUUGUGUGGCCAUUUUGCGGAGAAAUCUACACCAUUCGUUUGCUUUUAGGUGCUAUACCGAACAGGAUAUUGUGGUGGGGAGAGUCCUUUUCCCACAGUAGCGAUGCCAACAACUGGUUGUCCCCCCACCAGCAAGGGGGAAUAAAUGCUAAAUAUCUGUCUACCCUACUCAACCCCAAACCAAAAUUUAAACACUUGAUGAUGACAAAACGACACACCGGAAGACAACUCGAAAAUGAUACUAAAGUUCGUCAAGUUAACUACAUGUAUUUAUUUAUUUGAAUUAUAAUCAACACAACAUGAAAUUGACACACCAGAUGACUUUACCCUUUCAUGUGUAGGUUGAACAAUCGAUGAGUCAAAAGAACGUCUCAUCAUUCUCAUAAAACGCAUUCAAGGGGAAUAACUCGAGACAAUACCAGAUAUCAAAGCAUGAACAAAAUAUUCACAUCAGAGGUACUCUCCAGAGUCCCUCGGAAAGUAUUUAAAUGUAAUAUGUAUAACGGUGUGACCGAUAGACCAAGGGAAGCAUGAAAUGUUCAUUGGCGUGAUCCAGGUGAUGAUCAUAAUGUUAUAUUCAGUGAAGUACGGUAAAUUAAAAAUGGAAAUAUUC